AUGGAGCAUGAAUCAAAAUAUCGUAUCGCGAAACUGAGACGGAGCGUGCGAAAUCGAGAAUCGUGCGACGAUUUGACGGAACUGGAAGCGGAAUUGCGAAGAGCGUAUCUGGCGAAGGAGCUGCGAGCGCAGCUCUUGGAAAGAGAGGCCGAGCGUUACGUGGAAAAUAUUCGAAAACAAGCCGCGCGCGAGGUUGAGCAGCGGGCGGUCCUCGAGGAUGAUCCUCGCAGGAGAUCCGAGAGCCGCGAGCAAAAAUCCGCAGCCUAUAGGCAAGAGCUGGACGUUCAAAUAAAACAGAAGGGAGAGGAGAGGAGGAUCGCGAUAGAAGAAGCUCGUCGGGAAAGAGAAAUACUGGCGGAGGUGGAUGAAAUAAGAGAGGAAUGCGAAAUGCUUGAAAUCUUCGAGAAGAAGAAUGAGUUGGCGGAGAUUAUGAGAAGGCAGUGGUUGGUGUCGCGAGAAAUGAGACAGAUACGCCUUCAGAAGGAAGAGGAGUUGGAAGUGAGGAAGGAUCUUGAAAAUGAGGAGUACUUGAAGGAAAUUAAUGAUAGAACAGAGAGAGCUAAGAAGCUUCGCGAGGAACGACUAGAAAAGCGAGAAAAUACAAUGCGCAAAAUUGCCGAUGUAAUAAUGAGCAUAGAGAUUCAUAAGAGAGAAAGAGAAAAAAUGAUAGAAGACUUGAUAACAGAAGACAUAAGACUGGAACUGUUUCUUAGCGAUGAAGAAGAGGAAAUUGAACGAAAGAAAAGGAGAGAGGAAUUGGUGAAUGCUUUGAAGGAACAGAUACUCUUUACGGAAGAGUGCAAGCUUCGUUUUCUCCGAAAGGACCGUGAAUUCGCGGAAGAGAUUAUGAGGAAGAUUGCAGAAGACGAGAGAAUUGAUAAACUGACAGACGAAGCUAGGAGAAGAAUGCGAGCUCAAUACGCGGAGGACUUGAAACAAUUAAUAGAAAUUCGUCGCAAGAUCCGAGAGAAAGAAAUAGCCAUCAUGGAACAAGAUCUUAAAGAUCGGGCGAAGCAAGAGGAAAUUAAAGCGGAGAGAAUGAAGAAAGACAGAAAACGAUUAUUGCAAGAACAUGCGUCGAACGUGGCUGAAUUCGUUAAUAAAAAUGCUCUUUCCGAGGAAGAACGAAAGUUUAUCCAACAAUUUUGA